AUGACAAGAAGAUAUUGGAACAUUAACUUGGAAGAGAUGCUGGAGGCGGGAGUUCAUUUUGGCCAUGGUACUAGGAAAUGGAAUCCUAAAAUGGCACCUUAUAUCUCUGCAAAGCGUAAAGCAAGUAGGGGAAAACAGUUCUUGAUUGUUGGUACCAAAAAGAAAGCAGCUGAUUCAUACGAGGAAUUUAUCAUGAAUCCACUGAUUUCUGCUGCUUCCGUUAUUGCUGCUGGAUUGGCUGUAGGGCUUGCUUCUAUUGGACCUGGGGUUGGUCAAGGGACUGCUGCGGGUCAAGCCGUAGAGGGUAUCGCGAGACAGCCCGAGGCAGAGGGAAAAAUACGAGGUACUCUAUUGCUUAGUUUAGCUUUUAUGGAAGCUUUAACUAUUUAUGGAUUGGUUGUAGCACUAGCACUUUUAUUUGCGAAUCCUUUUGUUUAA